CAUCCUCCUUCACACACCAUUUCCCACAAUGCUACUGCCGCACUGUUCCGGAAGUAAGGCGUUUAUUGACAAUAUGGCCGCGGAGCUGGGUUUGGAUUCAGAGAAAAAUCAUAUUUGACAGCACUGACGGGGCUGAAGUACCAACCCGUGAUCGGACCUGGAGUUUGGAGGACAGAUGCAGUUGAAUGAAGGGUCCGGUGGUUUUACGGCAUGUUAUCACUGAGCUGAGAAAAAGUCCCGAGUCUGAGCGCCUUCCGUCAUGUCGUUUUUCAAGAGGAAAGCCAAAACCAAAGAACCAGAGAAAGUGAUAGAUGCUAAAGUGAACCGAGCACCCGUCAGCCCACAAUCUCCUUCUCUGAAGAACCACAAUGCCCUCCACGACGUGGCGGGGCCCAGCCCUGUGGCCAUCAACGCCAUCUCCGCAAACAUGGACUCGUUUGCCCGGGGACGCACCGCUACCCUCAAGAAACAGCCCAGCCACAUGGAGGCAGCACACUUUGGAGAUCUAG